AAGCAAACUGGAUUUACAUCGACAUUACGACAUACCCGAUCGCUCCGACGUAAUCUUCUGAAUAAAACACCAAUAACCCCAGGAAUAUAUCGCUAUGGACCAGCUUACCGGCCAAUUGAAAACAGUACGGCUAGAGGACAAGUAGAGGAAUUAUUCCGAUUUUGAGGAAAGGCCUACAGCCCGAAAAGCGCAAUGGGGUAUCCUCCUUCAGCUCCUUACGAGUCGCCUAGACGAAGCCACAAAGACAGCAAAGAAAAAUGGCGGGGAAAUGUCACUUGAGGAACAUAAUGCCUACUAUUGCGCCGUAUUUGACCAAGUGUUGCAAGAAAUAGCAUCUCGAGAUGAUAUUCCUAAUGCUGUCAUGGAACCGCCCGCCGAAUCCCUCACACUGACUUUUUAUGGGGGAUGGAAUAAUUAUCUGUGCCUUGGCUGUGCUGACUUUUACGACACUGAGGAUAUCGUCCACGCUGAGACUUACGCCAGGAAGGGGGAAUCCGAUGGUAUCACGAAAGACGACUUAAUUCGUACUAUCGGCGAAGUUCUCUAUGGAGGAUUGCAUACGUUCUGUAGAGAUUCGAAGGAAGAAAUUGGAAUUAUCCCGAGCCGCCUCGACUGGAUGGGCACAACUUCAUUGUGUACCCCGGUGGAUAAUAUACUGUACAUUGGUUACGUGCCAACGGCUGAGAUAUCUUCAACAGCCGAUGAGAAAUACAAGUCAGAAGGAAGAGCGAGCACUCACAGGGAAUAUGGCGUUAAAUGGGAACCAAUGGCACUGGGAUCUGGAGCUUGGGGAAUCCAGGGAUAUUAUACCGAUUACGCGGAGAAGCUACUCUUAGCUAAAGGCUUGCGACGAGAGGACGCAGAUGUAUAUCUAGGAUACUAACAUGGGUAACCCCACCGCAUCAUGUAUUAACUCCACAGCGUAAUUAUCUAUGAACAUUCGGCUGAUCUGUAACCUCC